CUGAGAAGUAGGGCAAAAUUUCUAGGGUAAAUGAGCAUGAGUGCAUCAAAAAACACAUACCUUGGUGACCCCCAAAAGAAACCACCGUCAUCAACUUUAAAGGUACUUGGUUUUUCAGUGAAGCGCAAUCAAGAAGAAUUGCCAGCUACAACACCAUUCAAUAUUGAAUAUAUCAAAAAAUUUGAAUGCCAAUACUGUCACCGAGGUUUUGCUAAUUCUCAAGCUUUAGGUGGCCAUCAAAAUGCACACAAGAGAGAACGUCAACGUGCAAAGCGAGCCCUGUACUUCUUCAAAGAUCAUCAACAUCAACGGAUCAAACCAGCAGGUCCCAUUAUCAAUGCACAUGCAGCUAGAUCAGGGCCGUUGAUUUGUGCUAGUGGGUCUAGAAGUAUUAAAGCAGCAGGUGGGGUAGCUAGGUUAGAGUGUCCAGCAAAAUCACCAUCGUUGAUGAUGUUUGAUCAUAUAGAUCCUCGUCCACUUGUGGGCCCAAUAGGUGCGGGGGCUAUAUCAGAAACGUCUUUGAUUGCAGAAGAUGAAGGAGCUGGGGUUGAUCUUCACUUGCGACUAGCACCCUUACAUCCAUAGCCUUUUGUUGGGUAAAUAUUGGUUGAUCCUUAUGACACACCUAUCCUUUUUACUUUGUUAGAAGAGAAGACGAGGAGGGACACGAAUAUCAUAAAUCCAUCUUAGUUUGAUGUAUGCCAUAAUGACAGGUUGUUGCUGUUAUUAUUAUUGAGGAGUUUGCAAGCAAAAUGAUUUGGAUAAUUAUUACGAGGACGUUGAGAAUUCUUUCCUUGAUCAUAUGCGUGAGUUCUAUCAUGAUAAAUAGUCAUCAACAUCAGGACAUGUAUAUGAUCUCCUAGCUCUUGCACUGAAAAUAGAACUUUCCAAAUCAUUCUUCAUAUGCAAAAUGAUAAAUUGUAGCGCCUUUUGUUUUAGUUAAGAAGCAUGAAGCACGUAGUACGCCUACAGAUAUAUGAUGAAGAUAGUCAUUUCUCUCGCAGUCUUCCUGCUAUAUAUAUAUUUUUUUUAAUUCCAAGUACUCA